CGAUAGAUAUCCAGCCACUCGCAUUAUAAUGGCCAACUUGAAGAAGGCAGUGUUGGUUGUUGGUAGAUGGCGCAGAGUUGGGCGCCUGGAAUUAUUGCAUAUAGUAGACUUUAUGCGAGCCUUUUAUUUUAUUUUAUUUUUUUUUAUUUUUAUUUUUUUUUUAUGCGUGUGUUCCUAUUUAGACAGUAGAUAAGAGAUCACAGCGAGUCAAUAUCAUGGAGCAAGCCAAAUCAACAUUGCAUGGGUCAUUAAAGGGAGAAGUGCAAUGGGAGACCGCAAAAGCAAUGCCUCCUAUUAUAGGUAUUAUAGGGUGUGGCUAUUCAGCACCCCAAGUGUGCCAUCUAGCACUCCGCAUCUUCGAUUUGAAGCUACCUGCGAGUGAUGAUAUCAUAUCCAUACCAGAGGGAUAUAGUUAUAGUAGCAGAUACCAGAGGGAUAUAGAAGAGAGUAGUGAUAGUGGCAGAUGCUCAAGGAACCGGGCAUCUAUCUACUACCUAGUAUUUAAUCCAUCCUAUAUACUGCAUAAUUUACUAGGUAGGAGGUGGGUUGACGAAUGGCCCUCUCUAUUGGUAAACGAAGUAUUCUCUGAAUCUCGGUAUAAUACUCCAUGCUUGAACGAGUCAUUUAGGUGCGGCAUAGCCACUCCCUACCUGCUCGUAUACUUACGACACUGAAACAUUGGAUGUGAAUGACAAAGCCCAUUUUGGAAUACGUGUAUGCUGCUCAAUUCCUUGCAUCCACGUGUCAACGCAGAUGGAGCCUGCGUUCUGAGUUGUAGGAU